AUGUUGUUCUCACAGUCAGACGUGACGGACAUCAAUACCCUCUCGCGCUAUCUCUCAUGCCUGCAAGUCCCUUCUCUCCACACAUGUCCUGCGGUCGAUGUCAUUGCCUUGUGUGGCAAUGCAAUCCUUUCAAUUGCCGAUAAUGUCUUCUCAGCUUUGGAGGCGCGCCCAGAUCUCACAAAAGUCCUAGUCAUCUGUGGCGGCAUUGGUCAUUCUACUCGGUUCCUCUACGAAGCCGUUCGAGCCCACCCUAAAUACUGUCGUCUGGCCGACACGAUCGACGGACUACCAGAGGCUGCCGUCUACGAACUGAUUCUCACCGGGUAUUACCCCAAACUCGUUGAACGAAUCCAGUCGGGCCAGAUGAAAUGCAUCAUUGAAGCCAAUUCGACGAAUUGCGGCGCCAAUGCCAUUGAGACGCGCCGAGUCCUCGAGUUACAUUCUGUCUCGACACCUAGAUCUUGUAUCGUUGUCCAGGAUCCUACAAUGUCGCUUCGCACACUAGCUGCUUUUCGGCACACCUAUCAAGAUGUCGAGCCUUCUCCAGAGUUCCUCGCUUGUCCAACUUUCAUCCCAGUGGUCUUUCUUGAUGAAACAAACAUGAUGCACAUCAAGGCAGAUGACAAUAACUCAACAUCAGAUAUCGAGUCUUCCGGUCUCUGGGGAAGCCAUCGUUUCUUUGACCUAUUGAUGGGUGAAAUUCCUCGGAUACGUGACGACAAAGAUGGAUAUGGCCCGAAAGGAAAAGACUUCAUUGUUCACGUCGAUGUUCCUGAAGACGUGGAAGCUGCCUGGGAACGGCUCAGAAAAGUCCUGUACUUCAAGCGGUGA